UGCAGGAGCGAGCAUAAACCUGCUGUGAUGGAAGAGACGAGGACAAAACCCGCCGCCACGAAGCGGAACAAAGAAGGGGACGGAGGACUCGGAGGGUUAGAACUGGAGAUCAGGCUGAGCGAGCAGGUCCGCCUGCACACACACCUGUACGACCGCUCCAUGCGGGAGCACAGAGACCACUUCAUGGCUCGGAAGUCCUGGAGGGAGAUCGCGCAGACUCUCGGGAAAGACGAGGUUUACUGCAGGAGGUUGUGGAAGAACCUCCGCGACCGCUACGUGAAGGCGAAGAAACGCGUGCACGCUCGCAGCGGCGAGGGUGAGGAAGAGAAGCCGUCAGCGAUUGUCUCGGACCUGGACUGGCUGUGCGACUUCGUCAAGCACCGAGAGAAGGACACGGAGGACACUGACACAAAGCCAUGCAGUCCUGCAGUGGAGUCACCAACCAUCUGCUCAACAGUGGAAGACUUCUCAUUACCAAUUACCAUCUCGGCAUCUUCCACCGCAUCGUGCCUUCCACCGUCUCCCUCACAGACUGCAUCCGGACGAAAAAGGACGCACAACAACGAGUCCUUAUCUUUGAGGUUGAAGCAGCUGCAGGUGGAGAGGGUGAAGUUCAUGAAACAGUACAGAGAAAACCAGAUUAAGCAGGAGGUGCAGCAACAAGACACACCACACACAAGGUUUGCUCGGGUUUUAGUGGACAUGUUGGCUUCAGUUGACGAGGCCUACCAGCAAGAGGCCAUGCACAACCUGUACCAAGUCAUGUACGAGUACACUACAAAACACCCACGGCUGCCAUCAUGACAUUGUGUUCGGUGCUGUCUUCAUUUAAUUUUGGUUUCUCUCAUCAUUGAUGCAUUGCUAUUAUUUAUAUUAUUGUUUGACGUGGGGUUGCAUUGCU